AUGUCUUGUUGGCUUGAAAUUUGGAACCGUCACUUCAAACCCUACCGACCAACCGACCGACCGACCGAUCUAUCAUACCUUUAUUCCAUUUCUUUUAAGAAAUUAAGAGAUGGUUAUAUGAAUAAGAUGACAUCCGAUUUAGAUAGACAAAUCGAACAAUUAAAACGUUGCGAGAUCAUUAAAGAGUCUGAAGUCAGAGCUCUUUGUGCUAAAGCAAGAGAAAUCUUAUUAGAGGAAGGAAAUGUUCAAAGAGUAGAUUCACCUGUCACUAUUUGUGGUGAUAUUCAUGGUCAAUUUUAUGACUUGAAAGAGUUGUUCAAGGUUGGAGGUGAUUGUCCACAAACCAACUACCUAUUCAUGGGUGAUUUUGUAGAUAGAGGAUUUUAUAGUGUAGAAACAUUCUUGUUAUUGUUGGCAUUAAAAGUAAGAUACCCAGAUAGAAUUACAUUGAUUAGAGGAAAUCAUGAGAGUAGACAGAUUACACAAGUAUACGGAUUCUACGAAGAAUGUGUUAGAAAAUAUGGUUCAGUGACAGUGUGGAAAUACUGUACAGAGAUAUUUGACUAUCUAUCUCUAUCGGCUCUAGUCGACGGUAAAAUAUUCUGUGUACAUGGUGGUCUCUCUCCAAAUAUUAAUACAUUGGAUCAAAUUAGAGCCAUUGAUAGAAAACAAGAAGUACCACAUGAAGGACCAAUGUGCGAUUUGAUGUGGUCAGAUCCAGAUGAUUUGCCAGGUUGGAACAACAGUCCUCGUGGAGCUGGCUAUUUGUUUGGAGAGGAUAUUGUGCAAAAGUUCAACCACGACAAUAACCUCGAGUUUAUAUGUCGUGCACAUCAACUGGUGAUGGAGGGUUACAAGUAUAUGUUUAACGAGACUCUUGUCACGGUGUGGUCUGCACCCAACUAUUGUUACCGUUGCGGCAACGUCGCUGCUAUUCUUCAACUCGAUGAAAACCUUAAAAAGGACUUUGUCAUCUUUGACGCUGCUCCUCAAGAAAGUAGAGGUGUUCCAGCUAAAAAACCUGCUCCAGAAUAUUUCCUCUAA